CCAAAAGAUAUAAUGGCUCCAGGUCUUGUUGAUCCAGCCCAAUUCACCCAGGCCAGUGUCGCAGGUAGUAAGCCUGCACCCAAAACAAAUGCGCUGAAUUACACACCUGGCCGCAACACCGUCACCCAGCAUGACGAGACUUACGAAUAUGAAGACCUUCGACCUCGCUUCCCAGAAGUCACAUGGCCAGCCUUGACCGAGGUACCAUACGAGGAUAAAGGUCUUCUCGGCGACCCUCAAUUCAAGAAUCUCCUAGCAUCCGCAACCGACGUAUUCGACUACAACCCCAAGAUCGGCACUGAAGUUCACGGCGUCGACCUCGCCAACCUCACCGAUGCCCAGAAGAAUGAUCUUGCCCGCCUCAUUGCCACUCGAGGCGUUGUCUUCUUCCGUAACCAAAAGAACCUCGACAUUGACAAGCAGAGAGAGCUUGGCAAGUACUUUGGAACUCUUCACAGUCACGCGACCACUGCCACCCCAAGGCGUGAGGGGCUCGAGGAUGUCCACGUCGUCUACACCGGAGAGAACUCGCCUGACCUCCGAGCCCUCUUCACCCCCAGCUUCCUCUGGCACUCCGAUGUGACAUAUGAAGUCCAACCACCAUCCUACACCUCCUUGAAGGUCUUGACUGGUCCCCCCCGUGGAGGCGGUGGUGACACUCUUUGGUCUUCUCAGUAUGCUGCCUACGACCAGCUUUCGGCUGGCAUGCAGAAAUACCUUGAAGGACUCACAGCUAUCCACUCCGCCGAGCUUCAAGCUCAAGGCACCCGUGAACUCGGCCGUACCGUACGUCGUGAGCCAGUGACAACUGAACACCCUCUCAUCCGCACCAACCCCGUUACCGGCUGGAAGUCUCUGUUCUUCAACCCAGGCUUCGUUACCAAGAUUGUUGGUAUCCCCAAGACCGAGAGCGACGUCAUCAUCUCCUACCUGAACGAGAUUGUCUCUACCUCUCCCGAAAUCCACGCCAGGUUCCAGUGGAACAAGGAUGACGUUGCCUUCUGGGACAACCGUGUCACCAAUCAUUCUGCUUCCUAUGGUUUCGCACCUCACCGUAGGCAUGCUGUCCGCGUCUGCUGCCAGGCCGAGCGUCCUUACCUCGACCCCAACAGCAAGUCUCAGGAAGAAGAUCUCUCUGAGCGCUAUGGUAUCCCCAAGGCCAACAAGGACGGAUCUGGCAUUGUCAACUACAAUGACUAGACACCCGUUUCAACCCUUUAUUCUUAUUCUGCUUGCAACAAGGCCAAUGAGCAGGUUGCAUUACAUGACUUUCACUUUACCACAUUCACGAUGGAAUCGCCUUUUGGCGUUAUGGAACAAAACUUGAUGCUGCGAUUUUAGCGAUCUGAGAACACACAUUUCAAAAUACCCUUCAUUUGGCGAGACAAGAGGCCAGACCUUACUACAGAACGUACAUAAUGAGAG